AUGAAUUCGGAGUGCGAUUCAGAUGAAUACUGUUGCAAAAAGAAAAAGACUGUCGGGAAUCUCGGAGAUAAUUGUGCUAAAAGUUGUAUUGGCGAAUAUUGUGACACAGAUGAUGACUGUGGAGAACCAAGCGUAUGUUGUAUUUCUAACAAAUGCGUGGACCGUGGUUGUUCUGGUUGUACUAAGAACUCGGAUUGCUAUUUCACUUUACUAGACAAGCAUGUUUGUUGCAAAAAAACCUUUCCUUUCAACGAAACUCUCUGUGGUGAUGAUUGUAUUGGUCAAACUUGUAACUCGAAUGACGAUUGCGCUGGAAGAAGAGAAUGCUGUCGUUUGAACAAAUGCGUUGAC